AUAACCAAUAUGAGAGUAGAAGAAGUCGAAAGUUCGCCAAUCAGAUAAGAGUAUUUUCAUUUUGAAUUGGAAGUUUGACGAGCUGUUCAGAUAAGUUUAUUCCACGUGCAAUUUUUUCGUCUUAGAGUUUGUGAAGUGCUUAAAUUUCUUAAAAUUGUUUUCUAAAGAAAUGAUGGCGACAAAAAAAGCUGAUAGAGCGUUACAGAAUAUUGGAAACAGAGAGAAUAUUGUAUAUGGUAAGAGUAACAUACCAGUACAACAGCCACAGAAACAGAGGCUAAUUCUUGAAGAUAUUAAAAAUAAAGUAGUCGGGAAUGUUCAGAGAAAGCCUGUUGUAAUCAAACAGGAUUUUAUAGAAAAAAUACCUAUUAAGAUUCAAACGAUACCAAAGCCUAAACCUGUAGAAGUCAAAGAAAUUAAAAAUGAAAUUAUUGCAGAAAAGAUCUCUACCGAUGAAAUGGAUGUUUCUGAGGUGGAAGAAUUGGCAGAGGCUUUUUCUACUCGGAUGUUACCUGGUGAUGUAAAUGACAUUGAUGCUGAGGAUAGUGAAAAUCCACAACUUGUUAGUAAUUAUGUCAAUGAUAUUUAUAAAUAUUUGAGAGAAUUGGAGAUUCAGUAUCCCAUCAGAGUAAGUCAUUUGAAUAAACAAACUGAAAUAACAGGGAAAAUGAGAGGUGUUUUGAUUGACUGGUUGGUUCAAGUCCAUGUAAGAUUUCAGCUUCUUCAAGAAACUUUAUAUCUUACUGUGGCAGUUAUUGACAGAUUUCUUCAGGAAUGUGAAGUUAAGAGGAAUAAGCUUCAAUUAGUUGGUGUAACUGCCAUGUUCAUUGCAUCGAAGUAUGAAGAAAUGUAUUCGCCAGAAGUCAGUGAUUUUGUAUACAUCACAGAUAAAGCCUAUAAAAAAGAAGAAAUUUUAAAAAUGGAAUGUCUUAUGUUGAAAAAGCUCAACUUUUCUCUAGGAAGACCUCUUCCAUUGCAUUUCUUGAGGAGAAACUCCAAAGCUGGUGAUGUUGAUGCUACAACACACACACUAGCAAAAUAUUUAAUGGAGACAACAAUUGUUGAAUAUGAUCUUGCGCACUAUUCUCCAUCUCAUGUUGCAGCUGCUUCUUUAUACUUAUCUAUGAAAUUAUUGGAUAACUCUCCUUGGAAUAAAACUUUAGUCUAUUAUAGUCAAUAUGACGAAUCCCAAUUACUACCUUUGGUGUAUAGAUUGUCACACAUUAUAUAUACAGCUGAAAAGAAUAAAUUACAGGCUAUUCACUCGAAAUACAGGAGCAGUAAAUUUUUUAAAAUUAGUACAAUUCCACAACUGAAGUCUAAAUUAAUCCAGCAAUUUGCCGAGAAACAUAAACAAUCAACCAACUGAUCUUUCAUGCUAUUACUCUCGUAAAUGUGUUUUUCAUAAAAUAUAUUUUCGUGGUUGUAAAUACCAUAAAUCAGGAAAUUUAUAUUUGUCUAAUAUUUAAGUAUUUGGGACUGAAUAUUUUACAACUUUUUAACAAACAUAGCUGUGUAAUUGUACUUGUCUUCAGUUUCUAAUAAAGUUUUUUAAGGGAUUCCUGCCAUAGAAUGGGAACUUUAUGAUUUUGGAUUUAAUGUUGCAACUUUUAUAAGAAAAAAGCUAUUUUAAAAUGGACUAUCUUGUUUUUAAAGUGAAUUUCCUUUCAAAAAUGGUCUUGUUUUGCAAUCCUUUUUCUUUUUAAAGAACUUUUCUUCAAUAACAGAGGGUGGAACUCCAUAAUUCUUGGUUUAUGGUUUUGAUCAACAAUUUAAGUGUUUGUGUAAAAAUUAUGUAAAAAAUCUAGACAAUAAAAUUUUAUAUAUGAAUACUGAAU